AUGGACGACAGCGACGCCUCCAGCGACGAGGGUGAGCAUAUGACCCUCAAGGUCAACGAGGAAUUCGCCCGCCGUUUCGAGCACAACAAGAAGCGCGAGGAGAAGCAGAGGUUGGAGGAAAAGUACGGCAAGAACACCAAGACCAAGGCCCGCGCCGAUGAUGACGCCUCCGGCUCCGACGAAGACUCCUCCUCUGAUGAGUCCGAAGACGACGCAGGCAUCCUCGCCACGGUCGAUCUGGAUGCUGAAAUCUCCGCCACUCUCAACGCCAUCCGCACCAAGGACCCCGCCCUCUACGACGCAAACCACAAGUUCUACUCCGAGUUCGACCCGGAGAAGCUGCAGAAUGACGACAAGAAGGAGAAGCCCAUGUACCUGCGCGACUAUCACCGCAAGAACCUGCUCGAGGGAAAGAUGGGCCGCGAGGAGGAGGAAGAGGACGAGAACGCUCCGCCCAAGACGUAUGUGCAGGAGCAGGAGGCGCUGAAAAAGAACCUUGUCAAGUCCAUGCACGAGGCCAAGGAAGAAGGUUCGGACGAGGAGGGUUCUGACGAGGACGACUUCCUGGUCAAGAAGCCGGAGCAAAAGUACAACAAGGUCGCGGAGGAGCCGAAGAAGCCCAAAGUCGAACUCGACAUUGAGAACGCGGACAAGGACCCUGAGAACUUCUUGUCCAAUUUCCUGGCAGCGCGCGCCUGGGCUACCGACAAGCCUGCCUUUGCGCCUCUCGAGUCCGACGACGAUGAGGAUGACAUGCGCGCCGAGGAAUUCGAGCACGCGUACAACAUGCGAUUCGAAGACCCCUCAACUGCCAACGAGAAGCUGAUGACGCACGCGCGUGACGCCGCCGCCAAAUACUCGGUGCGCCGAGAGGAGGUCAGCGGACGCAAGAAGCAAAGAGAAAAGGAGCGGUCAAAGAAGGAUGCCGAAAAGGCGCAGCGCGACGAGGAGAAGGCACGGUUGCGGAAGCUGAAGAUCGACGAGAUGGAGGAGAAGGUGGCCAAGAUCAAGGAGGCCGCCGGUAUCACGGGUCGGGACUUCAACAUGGAUGAGUGGGCAGGCGUCUUGGAAGAGGACUGGGACGACAACGACUGGGACAAGGAGAUGCAGAAGCGCUUCGGCGAGGAUUACUACGCCGAGAACGACAUGGAAGCAGCCUCGUCGGACGAGGAAGCGGGCAAGAAGAAAAAGAAGCCCAAGAAGCCCAAGUGGGACGACGACAUCGACAUCAAAGACCUGGUGCCCGACUUCGAAGACGAAGAAGCCAAGCCUAGCGUCGCUCUCAGCGACGACGACGACGGCGAAGAAGAAGACGGCGGCGUGGAGCUGCCCGAUGCGGAGGCAGACUCUGACGACGACGAGGGCAGCUCAAGCAAGAAGAAGAAGAGCACAAAGAAAGCGCGCAAAGAAGCAACCAUCGACGCGAAGCGCAACGCGCGGCGCGAACGACGCCUGAUCGAGACGCUAGUGGACCAGAACCUGGAAGUGGCAAUGGCAGAAAAGGAGGCCGCCAAAGCGCCGGCCCGGUUCCGCUACCGCGAGACGUCGCCGACGACGUUCGGGCUGACGGCGCGCGACAUCCUGCUUGCGGACGACGCGGCACUGAACCAGUUCGCCGGGCUUAAGAAGAUGGCUGCGUGGCGCGACCCUGAGAAGAAGCGCAAGGACAAGAAGAAUCUGGGUAAGAAGGCGCGCUUGCGCAGUUGGCGUAAGGAGACGUUUGGCGAUGAGGAGGGGCCCAAGGGCGGCUUUGCCGAUUACGUCCUGGGCAAGUAUGGCGAGAAGGGGGUGCCGGUGGACGGGGGACGGGAUGCGCAGAUGAAGGAUGUUUCUGCUGCGGCGGUGGGCGAAGGCGGCGUGGAUAUCAGAGAGGGCGGCAAGAAGAAGAAGCGCAGUAAGAAGAGGAAGGCCGCAGCCGUCGAGGAAGAGUAA